CUCUCGCAUUAUUUAACCUUCUGCAAAACCCAACGAUAUCCCACACAAACCCAACAACUUCCUCAAUUGGACAUCGACUUCUUCUUCGCUAGAAAAAGAAAAAAAAAAUGGCAAACGCAGCCGUAACUGUGAUGCUCAUGCUCAUCAUGGCCGUCGUCGCUGCAACCACCGAAGGAGCUCAGAGCAGCUCCACACAACCCAAUUGGGCCAAGAAGCUCAAGACAAGGAAGAAAACGAGGUCGGAGACAGUGACCAACCUCCAAUUCUACUUCCACGACACAGUCAGUGGGAAGAACCCAAGUGCCGUCCGUGUGGCGCAAGCCCCAGAGACCGAGAAGUCCCUCACCCUUUUCGGAGCUCUGCUCAUGGCAGACGACCCACUAACCGAAACGCCUGACCCGAAGUCCAAGAUCGUGGGCCGGGCGCAGGGGAUGUACGGGUCAUCCGGGCAGCAAGAGUUUGGGCUUACUAUGGCCAUGUGCUUCGCGUUCUGUGAUGGCAUGUACAAUGGGAGCUCGAUCAGUAUUUUUGGUAAGAACUCGGCUUUGAAUCCGGUUCGGGAGAUGCCGGUAGUGGCCGGAACCGGCGUUUUCCGGUUGGCGCGGGGUUAUGCAAUUGCCAAGACGCAUUGGUUUAAUACUAUGGGUGAUGCAAUUGUUGGAUACAAUGUCACUCUAAUUCACUAGAGCUAGCUAGCUAGUACACUUAUGAGAUCUUUCAUAUAUAUAUAUAUAUAUAUAUAUAUAUAUAUAUAUUCAUAUAUAGUUUGCUUUUCUUUUCUUUGUUGUUUCAAUUAAACUUUGAAUUACUAGUUUCUGGUUUGCUUGAUUGUUGAGCGUGGUAUGUUCUGGCAGUUUUAGUGCAUCUUAUGAGAUCUUGGUUUCUCCUCGUUACCAUUUGGUUUUAGGUGAUCGGUUUACUGAUUUUAUUAUGUAUGUUGUGUAUUAGACAUAAUAAGAGUAAUUAUCUCUAA